GCGAGGCUCGAGCUGGCCUCGCCGCGAGCAUGAGCGCGCCCAUGGACACCGCCGGGGCGGACGCCAUGGACCCGGCCGCGCUCCACGCGGCGCUCGCGCGCUUCGACGCGGCCUGCGCCAAGGUCGAGGGCGCCCUCGAGGAGCUCGGCGGCGGCCCGAGCGGCGACGCCUACAAGCGGGCCUGCACGACGGGCGUGCGCGCCUUCAUGGACGUCAAGGAGGCGUCGCGCAAGUCCUACCUCGAGAUCUCGAAGAUCCAGGCCGUCGUCGGCGAGCGGCGCAAGGUGCUCGACGACCAGCACCUGCAGCUGCAGAACUUCCAGUACCGCGAGUUCCGCCUGAGCGAGGAGGUCAAGCUCUGCCGCGAAUUCACGUGCGGCCAGCUCGAGCGCAUCGAGGCCGACGAGGGCGCGUCCAUGGCGCGGUUCCUCGGCGGCGGCGCCGUCGACGGCGCGGAGCACGCCGAGCGGCUCGGCCUGCUCCAGGCGGAGCUCGAGGCGCGGCGGCGGCUCCUCGCGGAGCGGGAAGGCCUGGAGACGACGCGCGCGACGAUGGAGGCCGACGGCAAGCGGCGGCGGGCGUUCCUGCGCGACCUCCCCGAGCGCCUCACGGCCGUCAAGGACGCGAGCCGCCCGCUCCUUCCGUUACUGGAGCAGCGGGGCCGGAAGCGGCGGCCGGGCGACGAUUUGUUGGGCCGGCUCCCGCGGCCGCUCGCGCUCAUCCACGGCCAGCUCGCGGGCCUCAUCGCCGCGGGCGCGCUCGACGCCGGGAGCGCGCUGGAGGUCGAGGGCGCGGGCGACGACGACGACGCCGCGGGGCCCGCGGACGACUACGGCGGCGUCCGCGUCGCCGCGUCGCCCGGGGCCGUCGUCGUGAACGUCGACGGCGUCCGCGUCGCCUUCCGCACGGUGCCCGCGCUCGCGGACCUCGUGGUCGUGACCCCGGCCGACGAGUCGCUCGUCGACCUCUUCCCGGGCGACGCCGGCGACGACGUCGGCGCCGAGGCCUGCGCGCAGGCCGCGCUCGCGCUCGGCGUCAAGCCCGGCGCGCCGUUCCCCUACGCGGCCCUCGGCCGGCCCUUCGCCUGGGCGCAGUGGCUCGGGGGUCUAGCGCCCGGCCCCCUGGCCCCCGGCAAGCUCGCGCCGUCGUCGCGCCUCGUCGUCGCGCGCCUCCGCGCGCGCGUUGCGGCCGCGAAGGCGCUCGACGCGCAGCUCGCGGCGCUGGCCAAGCGGCCCUGCCCGACGGCGCUGCCCUGCUACGACGACGCGUGGCGCGCGAAAAUCGCGCCGUCCAAGGCCGCCGUCCCGCCCGCGGAGCUCCGGUCCUGGGCGCCCUACGCCCCCGACCGCGACCCCUUCGCGUCGUCCGCGGCGGCCGCGCUCGAGGACGCGCCGCCGCACCGGUCCUACUACAAGGCGACCUUCGUCCACGCGCCGUCGAAGGCCGCCUUCGCCGCGACCGUCGAGCUCUCGCCCGAAUACCCCUUCCGCGCGCCGCGGUGGCUCCUCCAGCGCCGCGACGGCGGCGACGCCGCGCCCCACGACCCGCGGCUCAAGGACGCCGAGCGCGAGCUCAACGCGCGCUACGACGAGCUCGUCGACUUCGAAGACGCGAGCCGCGGCCACCUCCUCGCCCACCAGCUCUGCCGCCUCGCGAACAUGCUCGCGGUCCUCGGCGGCGGCGACGGCGACGGCCCCACGUUCGGCCGCACGCACCGCGGCCGCGACCGCAAGAAGCCCCUCGCCUACGACCCCCGCGCGCGCGCCAACGCGCACCGCAUCAAGCGCGCGCGCCGGAGCGAGGCCGAGGCCAAGGCGCUGCCCCACUGCAACGCCACGGACCUCGCCCUGGGCCUGCCCGGCGGCGUGUGGCGGGCCGCGCCGGACCGGCGCGCCUCGGGCUUCGGCGCCGACGCGGCGCCCGGCGCGGCGCCGGACCAGUACGCGAAAUCAGUGCACGACUUCGCGCCGGCGACCUGCCGGCUGCGGCGCUUCGACGCGCGCGACUUCGCGGGCCGCUGCGCCGCCGGCCGCCGCGUCGCGUUCCUCGGCGACAGCCUCGGCGAGCAGGUCUGGAAGGCCCUGCUCGGCCUCCUCGCGCACGGCGGCGCCCGCGCGGAGCGCGCCGCGUGCGGGCCGGGCUGCGCGGCCGACCGCUUCGCCGUCGCGGGCGCGCGCCUCGACGUGCUCGAGCGGUUCAAGGUCUCGCGCUUCGACGGCGCGGCGCUCGACGCCGUCGACGCCGCCGCGCGCUUCCGCGCGGGCGACGUCGUCCUGCUGAGCUUCGGCGCGCACUACCGCAACGCGUCGCACCUCGCGGCGGACGCCGCCGCGCUCGUGGCCUGGAUCGCCGCGGGGCCGUCGCGGCGGCGCGCGACGUGGGUCUGGCGCGAGACGUCGCCGAGCCACUUCCCCGUGCCCAGCGGCGCCUACGAGGACAUGGUCGCGUGCCCGGCGUGCCUCCGGUGGCCCCUGCGGUGCCGGCGGGCCCGGGACCUCGGCGCGCAGCGGUGGCGCGUGGCCGCGGCGGCGCCGGCGCUCGACGCCGCGGCCUUCGACCUGCGGACGCUGCCCCUCUGGGAGCUCCUCAAGGCCGCCUGGCGGGCCCACCCCGGCGCCGGCGCGCCGCUCCGCCUCGAGGAGGACUGCGGCGGCGACGCGGGCCGGCUCCGCGAAGCUGCCGAGGCGUGCAGCCCCGACGGCGCCUCGGCGUGCAGCCCCGACGCGGCCUCCGACGCGUCGCUCGUCGAGGCCGCGCUGGGCAGCCCCGCCGUCUUCGGGCUCUUCCGCGCCUUCUGCUGCGGGCCGGCGGCGCGGCCGCCGCGGGCCUGGGCCUUCGUCAACGCCUGGGCGCUGCUCGAGGAGUUGCGGUCGCUCCCGGAGCGCGGCGCGGGCGGCGGCCGCGAGGCCCGGGCCCGCGCGCAGCGCCGGUCGCUCCUCGAGCGCGACCUCGGCCGGUCGGCGCGGCUCCUCCGCGAGCUCUGGCCCGCGACGGCCGCGGCGGCGCGGCGGCCGGACGCGCGCGCGGGCCUCGACGACGGCGCGGACCGCGCCGCGCUGCGCGCCGCCGUCGCGGCCGCGCUCGUCGACCUCCUCGGCCAGUGGGCGGCGGCGCCGCCGCCGCCGCGCGCGGGCCGCGAGCGCGCGCCGUUCUUCGGCUUCGGUAGUCGCGCCAUGCGGUGCGCGCGCGUCGCGCUCCACCUCGCCUACGUGCGCACGGAGCCCCUCGAGGUGUCGACGCGGGACCUCGCGAUCAACGGCUGCGCGCUCGCGGCCGUCGCCUGGGCCGCGCGGCGCGUCGCCGGCGCGGCGACCGUCGCGCUCGCGGCGUUCGCGCUCCAGGCCGCCGUCGUCGCCGCGCGGCCCAACUACCUCGGCGUGUCCCUCGUCUGGUCCGGGGCAGGAAAAGAGAGCGACAUGCCCAACUUCAAAGGCUCCGAUCUCGGCCGUUUUCCACUCGUCUGGUCCGCGCUCGCGGGCCUCGGCGCCGCGGCGCGCGCGUGGCCCGCCGUCGCCGCGGCCGCGGCCGCGAACGGCUGCUACGCGCUCGAGGCGCCCCUCGGCGGCUCGCGGCGCGAGACGCUCGCCGCGCACCUCGUCGCGUCCGCCGCCGCCGCCGCCGCGGGCGGCCGCGCGGCCGCGGCCGACGACCGGAGCCGCGCGGUCCUCGCCGCCGGCGGCGCGGCCUACGGCGCGCUCGCCGCCGCCGCCGCGGUCCUCUACGGCCGCUCCCGCCUCGCGUCGCGGCGCCGCGCGCGCGUCGCGCCGCUGCGGCGGCCCGGCGCGGCCUACGACUACGUCGUCGUCGGCGGCGGCGCCGCGGGCUGCGUCGCCGCGGAGCGGCUCUCGCGCGACGGCGAGUCGACCGUGCUCCUCGUCGAGGCCGGCGCGGCGCCCGACGAGCUCUUCUUCGACGUCCCCGCUCUGGCGAGACUCUCCGCGGCGUCCGUCGUCCUUCUCGCGCGCGCUCCGACGCCGCCACCGCCGCAGGCCAUGCACGUCUACGGCACGCCGCACCACUGGGACCUGCGCACGGCGCCGGAGCCCGAGCUCGCGACGCGCGACGGCGCGCGCGGCCGCGAGCUCCUCCAGUGCCGCGGCAAGUGCCUCGGCGGGUGCAGCGCCGUCGGCUACACGCUCUACGCGCGGGGCCACCCGGCGGACUUCGACGGCUGGGGCGUACCGGGCUGGCGCUACGCGGACCUCGAGCCCGACUUCGCCGCCGUCGAGGCCCGGCUCCCGCUCCGGGCGCCGCGCCACCGGACCCGCGGCGGCGACGCCUUCGCGUCCGCCUGCGAAGCCGCGCUCGGCGCGCCGCGGGCCGACGGCGCGCGCGCGACGCCCGGAAACGGCUGCGGCCGGCCGCUCGUCACCGUCGACGGCCUCGGCCGCCGCGCGUCGCACGCGGACGCGGGCUGCCGGGCGACGCGGGUCAUCCUCGACGACGCGAACGCGGCCGUCGCCGUCGAGGUCGCGUUCGACGGCCGCGCGGCGCGCGUCGCGGCGCGGCGCGAGGUCCUGCUCGCCGCGGGCGCGGUCCACUCGCCGCAGCUCCUCCUGCUCUCCGGCGUCGGCGACGCCGCGGCGCUCGCGAAGGUCGGCGUCGCGCCGCGGGUCCACCUCCCGAACGUCGGGCGGAACCUGCGGGACUUCGCGGGCACGGGGCUCGUCGUCCGCGCGCGAGACGACGGCUGGGACCGGCGGAGCCAGUCGCUCGCGGGCCUCGCGGCCUACGGCGCCGCGGGCGCGGGCCCGCUGAGCGCGACGUCGCAGGAGGUCCAGUGCUUCCACGGCGGCGGCGGCGGCGCGGCGCCCAAGUACGAGUUCUUCUACCAGGCCAUGGCCUUCCCCUUCGCGCACCGGACGUCCUACGACGACCACGUCGCGGCCGUCCGCGCGGGCGCGCUGCCGCGGGCCUUCACGGUCCACUGCUGCCUGCUGAAGCCCCGGAGCGCCGGGGCCGUCACGCUCGCGUCGAACGACGCCUUCGCGCCGCCGACGAUCGCCCAUGGCUACCUCGCGGACCCGCGGGACCUCGCGGACCUCGUCGCCGCGCUGCGGCUCGCGCGCGCCGUCGUCGCGGCGACCGGCCUCUCGGGCGAGGAGGCCGAGCCGGGCGCGGCCGCGGCGAGCGACGGCGACCUCGAGGCCUACGUGCGCCGGUCGUUCUGCCACUUCGCGGGCUCCCUCGUGGGCACCUGCCGCAUGGGCGACGACGCGGGCGCGGUCGUCGACGCGCGGCUCCGGGUCCGCGGCGCGGCGCGGCUCCGCGUCGUCGACGCGAGCGUCCUCCCGACGACGGUCAGCGGCCAGCCCCUCGGCGCCGUCUCCGCGGUCGCGCACCGCGCCGCGGGCCUCGUCCUCGAGGACCGCCGGGGGUGAGAGGUCCCGCCGGCGGGAUACGGUAAAAAGACGGCAACCUG